GAAGGCGGGCAACCCGGCUUCUGGUCCGAUCCUAGCCGUCCUUUCGCAGGAAGAAAUAUUACGGAGUUUUAGAAAGCUUGCCGCCGCCUGUUCAACGCCGUCCGCCUCAAGAAUGGCGAAAGGCGACGAUGCUUUAAGGAGAAAGAGAAACAAGGCCAAUAGAAAGAGGUUACGCAACAGCGAAUCUUCAGUCUCCGCUCGUGUUGCCUCUAUCAUCGCUGCUAAGUUCCGCCGCAAGGCCGGAAAGCGGCGCAUCUGCGAGGGAAUGUGCUUUAGCCUUCCAACGGCAGACGACCCCUUCAACGAUAGGCAUGAGAAGAAAUCCAUUGAAAAGAACAAGAAGUCGAAGAAACAAAAGCUCAAUAGGAGAGAAAACGGGCAGAAGGAAUCGGAUUCCGCCAAGGACGCUGAUAAUAAGCUUCAGGAGGAGAAGGCGCUUAUGAAGAAAACUGUUGAGAAAACGGGGUGCAAUGGGGAAGCUGGUUGUUUUGAGAAUGGCAGCGUCUCUAAGUUUCUCAUGCUGUGCUUGAAAGCAGUAGAGGAUGCUUGGGUGGAGGAGGGCACCCUCAAUAAAGACAUGAUUGGGGCUCUGCAAACGAGCUCCUGGGGAGCCGAAUUCUUUAGGGUUUGCUUGGCUGGCUCAAGCGUAGUGGUGAUCAGUGGGGCGUCUGCAACUAGAGAUCAGGUUUCUUGGCUGGUCUCAACGGCCGCUGACAUGGUUACAAGGAAGAAGAAGCAAGGGAUCAUAGUUGCCAGCCCCUUCCUUUUGUAUAUAGUGCCAUCCCGAGAUAGGGCUUUUGAGGUGAGGGCUGUUUGCAAACCUCUUAAAGCUCUUGGAAUUCAUACGGUCAGCUUGCAUUUUGGGACAUCAUUGGGUCACCAGGUUCAUGGUCUAAAGAAUUGUGAGCCUGAAUUCAUUGUGUCUACCCCAGAAAGACUACUGGAGCUUGUCUCACUAAAAGCGGUUGACAUUUCUGGAACAUCUCUAUUGGUUGUUGAUGGACUAAGAAAAUUUGUAGACUUGGAUUUACCAGAUAAUCUAAAAUCCAUUAGAGAUAGAAUAUCUGGUGACUCUCAGAUAAUUACUUUUAGCGAUGGCCUUGGAGAAAUGCCGGUUACUGUCCUGCUACAGCAUCUGAUAAGAGGAGCAGUUUAUCGAUUAUUUGAAGAUGAAUCUGUUGCUAGUACUAGUAAUUUUGUUUCACAAUAUAUACACUUAUAUUCCUCAGAAGAAGAAAAGCUGUCAGAGAUUUUGCAAAUUCUUGCUCAAGCACUUAGCAACCAGACUACAAGUUCUAAAGUUCUUCUAAUAUCUGGGUGUGCAUCCAAAAUCAACCCACUCUCAUCUUACCUGAAUUCUAAAGGUUACACUAUUUGUGUUGACGGUCAUUCGCGCAUUUUACAUAAAACGAAUGGUGAAAAAUCAGGAACAGUCUUGAUUAAGGAUUUAAACGACCUCCAUGAUUUACACAUGGAUAAAUUAGAGAUAGUUAUAAUUGUGGAUUUUCCUUCCUCUAUCAUGGAUUAUAUAGCAGUUCUGACAAAGGUUGCGCGGCAUACUCUUGUCGGGGUUCUGCAUAGUUUCUUUUCUACAGUAGAUGCUCCUUUGGCUCCGUCUUUGAUUGAGGUACUUGAACAAUGUGGCCAGGUGGCUCCAGAAUUUCUUCGCAGCCUUUGAAUCCUCACAUCUAAUAACUAAAAAGUUGUCUGUCGAGUGAGCAAUAUGUUUAUAAUUUGCUUUUUCUUAACAUGUUGCUUUUCAUAAAAAAGAAAUGAAACGUGUAUCAUCAACAUUGUUUUAUAUCAAAAUUUGACAUUGAGUUCUAUUCUAUUUAAUCUAAUACUAGU